ACUUCCCUAUUCCUCCUCUAAAUUUGUUGGAAUAAUCCGAUUGAUCCACAAAAUAUGGUGAUUAUCAUCACCAACCAAGAUCAAACGGUGUACAAUCCUAUUAAAAGUCUAAAACCUAGUGGCCCUACUCAUUGAAUUCAUUGCCUCCUCUCUCCCCAGUCCCCUCCUUAUAUAUUCUCAAAGUCUUCAUGUUAUUUAUGCGUUUUCCAUUUGUUAUUACUCUAUAAUUAUCAUUAUCAAACCAUGACCAUCUUUUCAAACCCUAUGGGAUACUCUUCCCUUAUCUUCAUCAAAAAAGCUAUAAAAUAUCCAGAACCAGUUUUCCUUUAGUUUCAAUAUAUUUUCACUUCAAAGUUUUUGAGUCUUUUGGUCUCUUUGUGUUCCUUUUGGGUUUAGCAAAAAUGGGUUUGGUUGAAAAGAGUCCAAAGAAUCUUCAUUUGCAUAGACACCAUCUUCAACAUAAGCAAGAGUUCAAAGGUGUUCCAAAAGGGUUUAUGGCGAUAAAAGUUGGUCUAGGAGAAGAACAACAAAGGUUUGUUGUGCCGGUGAUGUACUUCAAUCACCCUCUUUUCAUUCAACUAUUGAAAGAAGCAGAAGAAGAAUAUGGAUUUGAUCAAAAAGGAACCAUUACUAUUCCUUGUCAUGUUGAAGAAUUCAGAAACGUUCGUGGUUUGAUUGAUAGAGACAAAAAUCUUCAUCAUCAACAUGUUGGUUGUUUUGGUUUGUGAGAAAACCAUGAAGUUGGAAGAAGAAAGAAGAAGAAUAAAUUUACAUGAAAAAUUAUCUUCUUUUGAGUCUUAAACCUUGAAUCAUGGUUUCAUGUUUGCAAUGAUUUGGUCAUGUAAAUUUCUAGUAUAAAACUUAGUUAGGUUUUUUUUUUUUUUUUGCUGAAGGUGAAUGACCACAGAAUGUUGGUUUUCCGAAUGAAGUUAAUUUUCUUAUUAAUUUGAUGAGAACUUUAAUGCAAGAUAGUGAUGCUUUUCUAUACUUUUAUUGAAGAUUUUUUUCUCUUUUACGGGUGAGAAUGGUGCACCACUCUUUUGGAAAGAUAAGAUAAUCGAAAAGAAUGAAUUGAUUGUAAGUAGGGCUAAAAUUUUGUA